AUGCUAGGGAUCUAUUUCCAAAUAAAACACGCCGACAUAGUGGAUUUUUCAGUUGUGAAGUUGCCGCUGAAUGGCUGUGCUGCGCGCCGCGCAUCGGGAAGCGGCUUCUACCAUGAUACCCACGUGGUCGAAGCACCCAUAAACGGCGGAGAUCCUUGCGAUUUGCUUGAAGACUUUGAGCCCUGUGCCGAGAUUAGCUGCUUCGGCUCGGACUGCAAGGUAUCUGAGUGGAGCGAAUGGGGUGCGUGCAGCAAGGAGUGCGGGGGCGGAGUCCACACUCGAGAGCGCCAGGUGCUGAUGCCCAGCACAGGGAACGGAGCAGACUGCCCGGAGCUGCAGCAGCGGCGCGGCUGUGGCCUCCACCGCUGUCCGGGGGUCCCCUGCGAAGACAGUCCCGACGUGCCUUUGUUAACUGGAGUGGAGUGCAAGGUACUGCUGGCGAUGGGCUGCCACCGACGUCUUCAGGAGCUGGCGGAGGAGAACAACCAACCUUUUCCUGAGGACCUGCCCCCCGAAGUCCGCGUCAGCGAUGCCUGUCCCAAGACGUGUGGGGUCUGCGCAGAGUGCGCCCCUGGUUGCCAGCUAAGAGACCUUGGAAACAGACACUGCGACGAGCCUUGCAACAACGAAGCCUACCCCUGUCCCUUCAUCUCCGUCAGCGGAUUCACUGGGGACGCUGCUGUCUUCAACGGCAUCUUCUUAAGGGGAGACCCACAUGGCAGUUUGCCCCGCUUCCUGCAAGACACGCUGAACCCUCCUGCUCACUUUCUGUGGGCGCAGGAGACCCCCCCAAAAGCAGGCAGACAAGGCAAACGGCUCAUCUGGCGCAUCACACAGGCUGACCCCAACACUGCUGCCCAGAACACAGGGCUCACUGCAGCGGCAACCGGCGGAGACUGUGCUGCGGAGACAGGCGGAGGCGAUGCAGCCGUUGGGUGCACAGACAGCUGGGAAGUGGGCGUCGCUGGGACAGAAACCACCAGCAAACCGCAGAAAGCCACAUUUAAAUGCAUUGAUGAAGAGACUCGAGCCGAGCUGGAGGCACAGCAGCUAGGACCGGAGGACUCGGAAGAGCAGCAGGCAGUGCCACAGGGUCCCCCAGUGACUGUAGUAGCUGGAGUGGAGAUGGUCUGUGAGGACCAGCAGGAAGUGCAGGAAAAAUCCGGCAAGUCUUGUGAGGCUCUGAAGAAGAUGCUCAAGUGCGACUUCUUGCUCGCAGAUGCGGGAGUGGAUCUUCCCUCGUUUCUGCCGCCAGACGCCACGCUUGCGCUCGCCUGUCCCCAGACCUGUGGUCUCUGCAAGCAGUGCGCCAGAGGUUGCCCCCUGUGGUUCCUGGGGAACAGACAUUGCGACCAAGCCUGCAACGUUGCCGCCUGUCAGUACGACAGGGGAGACUGUGGCAGCACGGGCCAGGCUGCCGCAGCACCGCAUCAGGAUGCAGAGGCUACUGACGAAGAGGAUGAAGAGGAUUUCGUUGCUUUGGGUCCGCACGAACCCCAGAAGAAGCAGCAGCAGCAGUCGGAAGAAGACGAAGAAGACGAAGACGAUCCUGCUACAGCGUGCGAGGACGACCCCCAAGUCAAAGCUAUGGGAUUCACAUGCAAGGUUCUCUACGCGGUAGCUGAAGGGACUCCUGAGGGCUGCAACAGUCGCUUGCAGGAUCUGCGCCCAGACGAGGCCCUGCCUCCUGGAGUGCCUCCCAUCACAAGGGUUAAAGAUGCCUGCCCCAAGACCUGCAGAGCUUGCAACGAUCCUGACAGACUGCGGCGCCCUGGAUCGCGGGCAACAGAUUCCGCAUCUUGCCAAGAUGAUCCUAUGGUGACGGAGAUGGGCUACAGUUACCCCACACGGCUGCAGCGACCUUCGCACACUCCGGGAGCUGCGUGCACGGACUUUGAGUUUGUGGGAGAGGCUGGUUCUUCAUGCAAGUUGCUGCUGACCCUUGCUCAGUCCCAGGGCCUUGGCGGGUGCUCAGCGCCCCUUUCUGCUUUGUUAGAGGAGAAGCACUGGCCUCAGGGAACACCAUCUGACAUUACACUCGGCGACGCCUGUCCGCAUACAUGUGACUACUGUGAAGAGUCAGUGCUGAUGCGCAUGCGUCAGCCAGUAGAGGAUGAACCAAGCUGUCUCGGAGGUUGCUGCGACAACAAAAUGGUGGAGCAAGAAACAGGCUACACUUGCAGGCAAAUUAAGGACUUUUUGAACGGCGACUGCUCCGUCGAGUUGGAGUCUCUCUCCAGCACACCGUUGCCGCCAGAAGUUCCCAAAGGCGCGACCCUACGAGAUGCCUGCCCGUACACUUGUGGGGCUUGUCCGGCUCAGCAAUGCGUAGAUAAUCCAAUGGUCCAGCAAAUGGGGUACUCUUGCGAUAUGCUGAUCGCCGCAGCAGAGGGCAGAGGAGGGUGCGAGGCCCUUUUAACAUCACUCAGCGGGGAGCCGCUGCCUGCAGGAGUCCCUCCCACCACCAGAGUCCGUGAUGCAUGUCUCAAGUCUUGCAAUGCGUGUCCUCCACUCUUUACUGGCUCGGGAGGGCCUGAAGCAACAGCCGCUCCAGGCGGUGCCGCAGCAGCACCAGACUGUUUCGACGAUGGCCGUCUCCCUCAACUGGGGGAACAGUUGCAGCAGUCUGCCACGAAGUCAGUGCUGAUGCGCAUGCGCCAGCCAGUAGAGGAUGAACCAAGCUGUCUUGGAGGUUGCUGCGACAAUAAAAUGGUGGAGCAAGAAACAGGUGAGCUAGAUGGCCCCAGCAUACGGGGACAAAAUCUCCAGCUGUAG